GCUGGGGCAAGUCGGAAUUCGUCUACAGACCGGACAACAUCUUCUUCCCUCGCUUCGUCUUCUCGACCGGCCAGUCUCUAGAUGCAUCACCUUACUUUGCCUACAUUCUAUUGAAACCGGCGAGCAGCAAAAACACCACUCCAUCACACAUAUUUCCUCCUACCCUGCAUGGUCAGUUAUCAGAUAAUCCAACAUCCAGAGGCCGCCGACGAUGCUGCCACUGACGUUGGACGUUCACUUCUGCACCGGGCCCCCGAUGUCUUGGUUCACAAGCAGGCCGGCCGUGUCUCGGACCCAUCAAACCCAGGGAGACUGAAAACCUCCACUGCAAGUCUGGUCUCGUCUGCAGUCGCGCGGGUGCGGUGCGGUACAGUCGGUACGGUACUGCAACCGCAUGCCGCACUGCAUUGCAUACCUACUCACACCACACGCUACCUCACACGCCUGAAAGUGUUGUGUGAGAAGGUAGGUAUUCACGUCAGCUUCCGCUGCCUACGCAUGUCUCACCAAUGCCUUCCCAUUCAAGCGGUUCACCGUCCCGCCCAGCCGUUUUUUCAUUCGUCUAUCACUCGACUCGAAGCAUGUCUUGGGCUUUUUAUGUCUCUUGCGGCUUGCCAACCGCAUCCUUCACCGCCUCAUUUAUCGCCUCUGCGGAAUGGGCCGCUUAUUCAUGACGGCGAUGAGGCGUUUCCUUCCCGCCAGCAGACGCGAGAGCGAAGUUUACUGGUGAUCAAGCCACGCUGCCGACGGGAUGAGUUCCCCCAUAGCAGUGUAUGAUCUGUUGCAGCGAUGCUCGCCUUGCCAAUCUCAAUCCAUCGAAUCAUACCCCCGGGAUUCGAUCCCCGGUUACACAAAGUUGAAGCUCCAGAGUUCACGCCAAGCCUCAUGUCACCCUGUCGCAAAUUAGAGCACGAAACAUAUCCCAUCCUCAAAGGCAUCGCGAUCUCCUCACUGCCACGACUGCCGAACCUCAAACAUUGACGUCGAGAGGCCCUUCGAAAGAGCAUCAGGCCAUCUCAAAAGCCACAAUAUCCCAAAACUUCCCAAAUUCAAGGUCCUCCGGAUACCUGGAAUCGGAAUGUCUCAAGCCAGUGAAGCCACAACGUCCAGUUCAGGGGUUCCCUAGCAGAGUG